GCCAGCUGACUGAAGGAGGAGGGUAGCUUUCUCUCUCGCUCGCUCGCUCUGCAUGGGAGGGUGGCUGCAUGACUCAUUCGCACGCAUGGAUCGAUAGGGGUGAGUCCAACAUGGCGCUCGAGUUCACAGGCACCUACAAAAUCCUCGUGCUCGGCGACUCGAAUGUGGGCAAGACGUGCAUCGUGCACAGGUACUGCGACGAGAGGUACUACGACACCUACAUCUCCACCAUAGGCAUAGACUUCAAACAGAAGAUCAUCAACCUGGACGGAAAGCCCGUCAAACUGCAGAUCUGGGACACGGCGGGACAAGAAAGAUUCCGCACCCUGACCACGGCCUACUACAGAGGAGCAAUGGGAAUUCUCCUUAUGUACGACGUCACAAGCCUAGAAUCUUUCAACCACCUUUCGUACUGGCUCAGAAAUAUAGAAGAGAACGCUAAUCCUGAUGUGAUAAAAGUAUUGGUGGGCAACAAAUGUGACUACACAAGUCACAGAUGCGUCGAGACUGAACGAGGAAUUAAAAUUGCGGAAAAUUUUGAAAUGCCCUUCUUUGAGGUGUCUUGCAAACAGAAUAUCAACAUCGAACGAGCAUUCCUCACUCUAGCACGGAAUAUUCGAGAGCAGAGCGAGUCCAAGCAGGUGACGGCUUUGGGCAACGAUCGCGAAAAGAGCUCGUCGGAAAUUAAGCUGAGCGGCGGCGACAGCACGCGUAUCACGGAACAGUGGCGCUGCAACUGCUGAUCACCCAAGACUGAUAGGAUUGACCACUAUUUUAUGCCUUGCUGGCGAGGAACGAACGAUCACAAAACACACACACAAACACAAACACACACAAACGAACCGGAUAAAUAAAUAUAUACAUAAUGAGAAUAAAAAGUGAGAACCAGCUGCAUUUCUACAUUAGUGCGUAGUGUUUGCGCGCGGUGGUUGUCAUGGCGUCGACGCCGACCAUCAUCACCCGCUGACGAAGGACGAACUGCUGACGGCCAUGGCUGACCUGAUCCCAGGGUACGACAAGGUCCGCACCGUCGGCAAGGGUAUAAACUCCGCCUCGCACCUUUGCAUUCCGCUUCUUUGGCACAAAGUCGCCCCCCUUCCCCCCGACUCUGUUCUUUCUUCGAAUGGCGCGCGGAUAAUAAUUAAUUAAUUGUUCGAUUUUAAACUGCAUUUGUAUGAUUCGGUGGUGAUUAUUGUUAUAUAAAUUAUAUUAUUCUACGUACUGUGCUGAGAACGGCGAUAUUAUGUACUGUAUAUCUCUGUCAUGGCUUUAGAACUGUCGCGGCUGAGCAAUAAAAACUCAAUGCACAAAUAAUUUGAUUUCGGCCUCUUUCGUUGGGCAACAAAAAAUAACAAUGAGGAUUUCAUUUCAUAAAUAAACCUGCCAAAAUAUUUUAAAUUAAUUUAAAAAAGUUUUUAA